UAUGAUUGGGUCAUUUCCUUCAAACCCGGCCCUGUUUUAUAGGAUGAGUGGUCAUAGGUGAGUCAUGUGACUCAGGGAGAGGGUGGGACUCACACCUGACUCAGGUGAGAAAAGUUGUCUUGACUCUGGAUCUUCUAAAAAGUUCUCUUGCUGCUGGAUCUCUGGUUUGUUCUUCUGUAACAAGCCUAAAGAGACCGUUCAUCACGUACACAAAUCUAUUUCUGGACUGAAAGGACCUUGUUGAAGUUGGGCCAUGUUUGGCACUGGGCAUUUGGUGUCUCCUCUGUCUUCUGCGGUCUUCCACUCUUCGGCUGCACACUUCUUCCCAGCGUUUCCCAGCAGGUUGGCCUCACCACAGAUCUUCAUCCCCGGGCCGCUGCUCAGCUACGAGCUCCUGCGCAGUUACCUGCAGCCCGAGCCCUGUAAACAGGCUCUGCUAUUGGCCGCUCAGUCCACAGGACAACAUGCGGAGAAUAUCGAUGAACCCCGGCCAGUGAAGCAGCGGCGAGCUCGGGCCAACUACAGCAGCUGGCAGCUGGAGGAGCUGGAGAAGGCCUUCGAGAGCACCCACUACCCAGACGUCUUCAUGAGAGAAGCCCUGGCCCUCAGACUGGACCUGAUCGAGGCCAGAGUGCAGGUGUGGUUUCAAAACCGGCGGGCUAAAAUGCGCAGGCAGAUGAAGCUCCAGAGUCAGGCAGGAGAGCAGUGCGGCCGGCGCGACAGUGACGACAGACAGGAAGAUUCGUCCAGCAGGAGCACAGCUCCAGAGCUCCACAGCAGCAGCAGCCCAGACUGGGACAGGAAACAGGAGAGAGGAAGCCCCACUUGGUCCAAACCCUCCUCAUCAGCUAUCCACAGCCCCGUGAGCGACAUGCUUCAGCGGCCCAGAGAUCAGGAGGGGUCAGAGAUGCCCAGUCCGGAGGACUUCCGCUGCUGUAGCAUUGCCAAACUGAGGGCUAAGGCCAGGGACUAUGAGGCAGAGAUCCACAGCACUGUGGCCAAGACCAGCAGAGAGAGGAAGAUGAAGACACAGGUAUCUGCCACAGGCCUGGAAAGAGACUGAAACAGAUGCAGCCAUUAAACAUUACCUCCGUAUCACACAGGGCACAUUAAAAAUCCCAUUAAAUUAAUUAUUUAUUAUUAUGCACAAUUAUACACGCAAUGAGGUUAAACAGUGUGACUGAGAACAGCGAAUUUCUUCACUCUGUAUUGUUUGUGCUUCUUAGAUUGUCACAAUAUCAUGUGUCAUCUGUGAAACCAAUAGACACUUUACAAAAUUUCCAGGGUUCUCAGAAGUCAUCGUCAUAGCUGGGUAGACUUCCAAAGCAGUUAAUAUAAACUUUAUAAACUCCUUUUUACCCCAAUAGCAAAAGAGAAAUUCAGGAUGGUGUUGCUACAAGUUAACCAACAAGGAAAAAUGAUCAAGAGAUUGAUUGGAGAAGAGAAACAUGCUGCAGUGUUAAAGUAUUUUUAUGUAAUUUAAUUUCAUUGUAUUAUAGUAAAAAGUACUGUGUUAUAAUUGUACACUAGAUUUAAAAAAAAAAUUAAAUACAAACCCUGUAUUUACAAUAUUAAUAUCUGUGGAAAUGCAUCAACAUAAUCUGUGAAAAGGGUCCAUAGUAAUUUUUUUUAUUUUUUUUAACAAAUGUGACAUUUAUUUACUUUUAGAAUUAUUCUCUCUUUUUACAUAUUAGUAGUAUUUUGAAUGUUCUUUAAUUAUAAUUAGUAGCAAUUUAUAAACCGCCUUUAAAACUAAAUGUAAAAAAAAAAAAUGUGUGAGGUUGCUUGCUUCGCUUUAUGCCAACACUGGACGUUUACAACAGCGUUUUCUCAAAUGUUGUUGGACUGACAGCUAGUGAACAAGAGGAGCUAAAAGAAGCAGCUCGUGGUGAUCUCAUCAAUGGCCAACUCCUCUAUCAGCUAUCCUGUUACCCUGCGUGAAAACACAGGAUGUCUGCAAGCUGCCACAGGCCCUCCCUAAACACAAUAGGGACGGCUGAAAACUGCCUGCCUUUUCUGACAAGUGUGCUUUUUAAAGACUGCAACACACUUUUUAUAUGUAUUUUCCUCCUCAGUAGAUGUUGAUUGUGCUGAACAUUUGUUCAUAUACUGUAAUUAUUGCAUAUUUUUUGAAAUCAAUGUUUAUUUCACGUUUCAUGACUAACAUUGGCAUGUUUGUUUGUUUUUUAAGAAAAUCUGCUAUUUAAAGGGAUCAUUAAACCAAAAAAAGGACAUUUCUGCAUUAAUGAAUUAAAUGGAAUGAGCAACUGCUACAUGUCCAAUGAAUAUAAAGGUCCUCUGUUAUGGAAUUUCCUGUGGGAUCAGAAGAAUCAUAAAGUCAGCUUCAUUCAAUGUUUGUGCAUCCAAAGCCCUUGUUGAAGAGCCCAAAACUGCAUUAGUCUUUAGGUCUUUAGAGCCAGUGUGGAGUAAGAGUGCCCUCCUCUGGGCAAUCAGGUGCUCUUGAGUUUAAGGGCAUCUUGUUUUGACAUGAAGCAGGUCUGUUUGAUCAGAACAGUCUUUACUCUCUUACACCAACAGUAUUGAAGUCUAUGGGGAUAUUGUGCAUGAGAAAUGGAUUUAAUGUGCAACAAGAGCUCAGAUUGGCACAGCUUUGUCAUACUCCGGUUUCUGUCUUUCUGAAGUCCGGUGUCAAGCUAUAAAUGAUCCCAUUGACUCUGCACCCAUCCACAACUUGAGAUGCACACCGUGGGUUACCUAAAUUAAACUUAAAACCAUCAGAGGAGGUGGACCAUCUAAAAUUACACUGAAAACAAUCUCUCUCAGCCUUGGGAAAGCUGAACGGUGAUGGUAUUUCUGUCUACACUACAGUUAUACACUUCUUAUAAUGUUAAUUGCAGGUAUUAUGUUUAUUAAGGAAGGGUUAGACCAUUUAAAGCGAUAUAUGUCUGUUUUAUUAGUUAUAGUAAAACAGGAGGAAUGUUUUUUGGUUUAUUUCCCAGGGUUUAUAUCCACAAAUGAGAUGGGCAGUGUGACCUUGUUAAGAGGCCAUUGUAAACAUUCAUAUGCAGCAAUAAUUUGAACUGAUUUAUGCUGAUUGUUGUAAACAUCCUCUGCAGCCCCCUGUGGUUUCUUCAUAAACAUAUUCCACGUUUAA